ACCCAUCCUUGUUCACAUUACAUAAAAAAUAAAAGUAAUUGAAUUAACACAAGUUAACUAUGUUAUUUCUACAAAAAUGUAGUACUGUAGGCUUUACUUAAUAAGGGUUUGACUGGCCAACUUAACAUUGUGGAGUAAAUCGCAAAACCCUCCUAAGUUUGGACAUUUGCGGAUACCGUACCUGCUUACCUGGAGGCGGAGCAACGGAACUGAACGGAAGACAGACGAGAGCGCGAAGCACAUUGAGGAGAAGAUGGUGGCUUUGCCAGGUACAAGUAUUUUCAUAACGCUUUACUGGUAAAUAUCGCCAGGAAAAGUUAUGUUAAUGUUCACAGAAUUAUGUUAAUUUAUUUUAUCAAGUUAUUUCGGAGUCCUUUGAGUUUUAGCGUUUUUUUAACCUGUUGAACUCACUCGUGUUUCUCAACGCAAUUAUGUGGCAGUGCAAGGACUGCAAAAUAACAGUCACGACUAGAUCACAGUUGUUGAAACACUAUAGAUUAGUGCAUAGACAUUAUGGUCGCGGUAUUCGUUUUCCAUGCACAUAUUCUGAGUGUCCCUGUAGAUUUAAAACAUGGAAUGCGCUACACAGCCAUCUAAAUCGUAGCCAUGCAAAGGAGAACACGGGGUUACCUGCAAGUGUAACGCUAACCACGUUCAAUUGCCACGUGUGUCCUUGCAGCAAUAUAGGGUCAGAACGUGAGUAUUUUAGUCACAUCCAUAACCACCUUAAAAACAGCGAGACAGUGCAUUGUAUGUUUAAGCACUGCUCUUUUCAGACAAAUGUGUAUGGCACAUUUAAGUCCCAUAAGAAUAGAAAGCACAAUUUUUAUUCUCUUCAGGACUUCAAACCAGGGGUUAUUAUAGAAAGUGGUAAUGUUACUCAGGAAUUAAAUGAAGAUCUAUUGCCAGCUGAAGAGGAGGAUGUUGAUGUUUCAGGUAGUGUGGAAGUGGAAACAGAAGUACAAGAUUUGUCCAAGACAAUAGAGCUCAAAUUUGCAUCCAUUUUGCUAAAACUUGAAAAUUAUUUUCAUGUUCCUAGUAAUGCAAUUGAUGAACUCAUCACAGAUUUGCACUAUUUGAUCAGUUCUGCAUCAGGAUCCGUAUCAACAAAAGUUGUUCUUGAUACUUUUCAGAAACAUAAUCUUCAUGUAGAUCAGCUUAUCAUAAAAGAGCUUAUCAGUUCUUUGUCAUCAUCCAACCCUCUGUUAAAAGCUACUUCAAAUGAUGGUCCUUUGGCCACUGCUUUCAAGCGCAUGAAAUUUUACAGGGAAAAUUUUGAGAUAAUUGAACCUGUUGAAAUAAUUCUUCAGUCUGAAAAAAAUAGAACUUUCCAAUACAUACCCAUCUUAAAAUCAUUACAACAGCUGCUUAAUCAGAAAGAGAUACUUAAUAAAGUUGUUGGUGGUCAUACAGGACAGAAAAUCAUAAAUGAUGGAUUUUACAGAUCUUUUAAAGAUGGUCAACACUUUAAAGAUAAUGAGUUUCUCUCAGGAACUGAACUCAGACUCUCCUUGUGUCUGUACAUUGAUGACUUUGAGCUGUGCAAUCCAUUAGGAACGUCACGCAAAAAGCAUAAGAUCUGUGCAGUUUAUUGGAUUUUAGGUAACUUGCCACCAGGGAGUAGUUCAUCGUUGUCCUCAAUUUAUCUCGCUCUGUUAUGUAAAAGUGAUGAUGUAAAGGCCUAUGGCUAUAGAAAAAUUUUUGAGCCUCUUGUGAACGAUCUCAUCACUUUAGAGCAGCAGGGUGUGUUUGUUAAUGACUUGAAAACAUUUAUCAGAGGAACAGUGCAGUAUGUUGUUGCAGACAGUCUUGGUGCACAUUCUUUAGCUGGAUUUGUUGAAAACUUUUCAGGGGAAUAUUUUUGUAGGUUUUGCACUGCUACACGCACAGAUAUUCAGUCUAAAGAGGUCAGAGAUGGCGCUUUUCCUCUCAGAUCUGAAGAGCAGCAUGAUGUACAUGUAGCAGAUGCAUGUAAGAAAGGAGAAGCAUGUUGUGGUGUAAAAACUGCAUGUGCUUUAUCUGAGAACCUCUCCUACUUUAAAGUUACUGCAGGUUUUCCCCCAGAUGUGGCCCAUGAUCUCCUAGAAGGUAUAGUGCCUGUUGAGUUGGCUGGAUGCAUUGACAUAUUUAUAAAAAAGAAAUAUUUCACCUUUGAUCAACUUAACAAACUGAUUCAGGAAUUCCCAUUCAAGUGGGGGAGAUAAAACCAAUCGUCCUCAUGUGCUUCCACUCACUUUUUCAAGGAAAAAAACUAUUGGGGGAAAUGCUCAUGAGAAUUGGUGUUUGCUGCGGCUAAUUCCAUUAAUUGUUGGAAAACUUAUACCUCAGGAUGAACCUGCUUGGGAACUCAUUCUUCUCCUGAAAGACAUUGUUGAACUUGUUGUGUGUCCUGUGCACACUAGCGAGUCUGUUGCAUACUUGGAGAGCAAAAUAUCCGAACACCGCAAUCGGUUCAAAGUACUUUUUCCAGAAAGAAAGCUUUUGCCAAAACAUCACUUUCUGGAACAUUAUCCAGCGAUGAUCCAUCUAUUUGGUCCACCUGUUUCAUUCUGGACAAUGAGGUUUGAAGCCAAGCACAGUUUUUUUAAACAAGUGGCUAGGCACACUAACUGUUUCAAAAAUAUCACCAAGACUUUGGCCAGGAAACAUCAGCUCAUGGUUGGUCAAUUUAUGCAGUCAUCCCAGUGCGAUGAAUUACCUGUAGAGGUUACACGCAUUUCAACUGUCCCUGUUGAUAUUCUCCAGGAAGACAUUGCUUACACUUUUAACCAAAGAUACCCGAACACUUCUGCUAUUAAUUUAGCUCAGACAGUAUUUUCUGAUGGCAUAAAGUACACAAAGGGCAUGAUUAUUGUGCAUGGAACAAUUAGUGGGCUGCCUGAUUUUGCAGAAAUAGUGCAGAUUUGUGUUUUGAAAGAUGGAAUUGCUUUUAUAGCAAAACAGUUAGGUUCUUGGUACAAUGAGCACUAUCGAUCCUUUGAAUUGGAUAUUCAUCCAAGGAAUGUUUCAUUUAUAGAGCUGAAUGAAUUAGCAGACCGUUAUCCUCUCUGUGAUUAUAAAGUUGGUGCUAUCCGUAUGGUUACCUUGAAAAGAUACAUACACGCUGCUUGACCAGUUUUCUUUUUCUCUUACAGAGUGAUUGAUCAAACAGAGAAAAUGACUGAUCCAGCAAAGUUGAAAAUUGUUCUAGGAGACAGUGAUUCAUUUAAAUUGACGCUGCCAUCUGGAAUACCCAAUUCUAUUGCAGAUUUUAAAUCUGAGAUCAGGAAACAAUGUGGUGUCACAGGAGAUUUUAGACUGCAGUAUCUUGAUAUGGACUUUGAUGAUUUCUUAAAUCUUACCUCAACAGUGGAUCUCCAGGACAAAGGAACAGUUAAAGUCAUAGCACAAAGUGCAUAUGAUGCCUGUUCUCUUUCUUCUGCUGACACUGAUAUACGCUCCUCAACUUCCUCAUCACCAUCUUGCCUGCCAGUUUCUCCAGCAACAUCAGAUGUUGCUUCUGCCUCAACUUCUGAGCUGUCUUCGUCCACAAAGCUGAGAUGUGAAACCUGGCCAACUAACUUUCCGAUCCCUACGUUUCCUUAUGAGAUAGAGCUGGAACUGCAGAAAGCCCACGAAGAGUUCUUGAAUGACGGUACUUUACUUGACAUAGACUCAAAACCCAAACUAAAAUCAGAAAUUAUGAAAUCCUUGGCUGCAGAAGUAGUGAAAUACAAAGUGUACCCUAGGACUGAAGAAUACGAAGAGGUUGCGAAGGCGCUGAUUACAAAGCAUCCAUGUCUACAGGAAAAAGGAUCAGUUGGUGGGUUCUAUGGCUGGAAGAUCAGUCUACAGUGGAAGAUGGCAAACUAUCGGCGUACACUGCGAGCAGCUGGCUGUUCUGAAGUAAAGAUAAAUUCUUUAAAACACAAACAUGGUGAAACUACAAAUCCAAACCAAGUCAAAAAGCCAAAGAAGGCUGAAGUAAAUUUUUACCCUGAUUAUCCAGCUGGAGAGAACACACAAAGCCUAGAAGAAGAGCGACUGGCAUUGCUGUCUGAGUUUCAGAAAAGGGACAACCAUCAAAUUAUUAAAAACAAAAUGGAAAAAACUUUUAUCUACAGAAGACAUGAAUUGAUUGUAGAGAUGCCCUUCAUUGUUGACUUCAAAAGCAGAUGGCCAGCUCUGUUUUGUGAAAAUGAGAUUGCUGCGGAAUUCAGUCGAAUCACUACUGUCCCGCUACUUCAGACAUUUAUGUCAAAACUGGAUGGUUACACCAGCAAGCUGGCCAGCAUCUACCGUAAAAAAGGAGGAAUUGCAGGGCGUAAAAUUUGGAAACUGAUGGCUACUAUCGACGAGAAUGACACCAUCUCAACUCGGAGGGCUUGUAUUCUCAGAGCACUUUCUGUCUACCUUAAUGAAGACUAUGAAAACCUCAUGAAGGAGUAUACAGACACAGACUUUGAAAACUCAGAGAGAGACAUGGCCAAUACUGUCAUUGGAAUCUACAUCGUCAGACCUGAAGGUGCAGAAGCCUGUGACCCACCAUCAGAUGUUGGACUGAUUGUUGAGGGAGUGAAAGUACUUCAGAACCUUGGCGAUGUCACCAAGGCUUGUGCUCUUCUUUUGGGAGUCAUAUACAGCUUGAAUCUCAGUUAUCCUUCAGAAUUGAAAUACACUUUUGAGUUUUUCCAGAAAGUCUUGCUGGGACUUGAUGCACAUAAACUGUCACACAAAAUACAAGUUCUCAAGAACAAACUUGUUGGCUGAAUCAGUACAUCAGUCUGGACAAAUGAAAGAAAUGGAGGAAGAAGAUUUUUUUUGUGUUAUUUGAUUUGUUUCUGCUUUUAAAAUAAGGGGACAGUUUUAAUGUUAUCUUUGUUGAUGGCGCCAAAAUUUUAAAUGAAGUUCUGCAACUUUAAAUGGUUUAAUUGUUUGGUUAUUUACAAAGAUUAGAGGUCAGUUUUAAUCUUCUCUACCAAUGGUUUAAACGAUUUCAGUUAUCAAAAAUUGAGCACUGUAGCAGUUUAUGACAUGCUGCCUGUCUUAAACUUUUAUUUUCUUUUUCUAAGUAAAAUUUAUUACACUUUGAAGGCAGUUGCACAUUUUAAAAUAACAUUUUGGUCAAUGGUAAUCUAGUUAGUAAAGUAGUAGUCAUUGUUUUUUUUUUGUUUUGUUUUUUGUCAUUUUGAAACAAACUUAUUUUUGUGGUGGUUUUCAUAAAUAGAGGCCAGUUGUACUCUUUAUCAAUAGCUUAAACAUUUUAAAAUAUAAGCAAUUGAGCACUGUAGCAUUUCGUGAUAGGCUACCUGUUUAAAUUAUUAUUACAAAUUUUCUUUUGUAAAUUUGAUCCUAUACAUUUUUCUUACAAUAUUUGAAGGAAGUAGCACAUUAUAAGAAUGAUCACCAUUGACCAAAAUGUUGUUUUUACAUGUUUUUUCUUUAAACUGUUAUUUGAACUGUUUGUGGAUGUUUACAAAAAUUAAAACAGUUUUAAUGUUACUAUUGAUUGUAAAGAUCAAAAAUGGAGUUUAGCAGUAUUUUAACGUUCCUUUGAUUUAAUUUUUCUAAGUAAGAUUAUUUCAAAUUCAUGAAGCUAGUUGCACUUUAAAAGACCUUGUAAAGAAUGUUUACUGUUAAGAAUGUAAAAUAUUUGAUGUUUUUGUGUAUUUGUUUCAAAGGACCUGUGAAAUUGAAAUUGUUUAUGGGUUUUAGCAGUUGUAUGUUGCAAAAUCUUGAAAUAAUAAAUAAAUUCAUUUUGUUUCU